UGAGCUGUGUUUUGUGGAGUGCUCGAGGAGGGGGCGACGCCGCCGGAAGGAGGAAUAGAGACUGGAAAGUAGUUAGUGGAGGUAGAUUGUACAAAAAAGUCAGAGAAAUGGCAUCUGGCGAUACACUGUACAUUGAAGCGGACGGCGGCGAAAUGCCAGCGGAGAUAGUUGAACUCCAUGAGAUCGAAGUGGAGACUAUAGAGACAACAGUGGUCGGUGGAGAGGACGGCGAACAUCAGCCUAUGAUUGCCUUACAGCCCUUGGUCACGGAUGAUCCAAACAAUGUUCAUCAGCAUCAUCAAGAGGUGAUAUUAGUCCAGACCCGGGAGGAGGUAGUAGGCGGCGAUGACUCAGACCUGCGAGCAGACGAUGGGUUUGAGGACCAAAUACUUAUUCCCGUCCCGGUUGCCGAGGAAGAAUAUAUUGAACAGACUUUGGUCACAGUUGCAGGGAAGAGCUCGACUGGACGCGUGAAAAAAGGUUCCGGCGGCGGAAAGAGGGCGAGUAAAAAAAGCUACUUGACUGCUGGAGACGCAAGCGGUAGAAAAUGGGAACAGAAACAAGUACAGAUAAAGACUUUGGAAGGGGAAUUUUCGGUUACGAUGUGGGCUUCGGAUGACAAAAAGGACGUCGAGGAUGAAUCGAUGGUGGAAGAGCAGAUUAUCGGUGAGAACUCUCCCCCAGAUUACUCGGAGUACAUGACGGGGAAGAAACUCCCGCCCGGGGGCAUCCCGGGAAUCGACCUGUCCGACCCCAAACAGCUUGCGGAGUUUGCCAGAAUGAAGCCUCGGAAAGUGAAGGAGGACGACGCCCCGAGAACAAUAGCAUGUCCCCACAAGGGGUGCACGAAAAUGUUCCGGGACAAUUCGGCGAUGAGGAAGCACUUGCACACCCACGGCCCACGGGUGCACGUCUGUGCGGAGUGCGGCAAAGCUUUCGUGGAAAGCUCCAAACUGAAACGACACCAGCUGGUUCACACAGGAGAAAAACCUUUCCAGUGCACAUUUGAAGGUUGCGGGAAGCGUUUCUCUCUGGACUUUAACUUGCGCACGCACGUGCGGAUUCACACUGGAGACAGGCCGUAUGUUUGUCCGUUCGAUGGCUGCAGUAAGAAGUUUGCUCAGUCCACCAACCUCAAGUCUCACAUCUUAACACACGCCAAAGCCAAAAACAACCAGUGAUCUGGCUCUACGUGGGACGCCGGAGACAAAACAAACAAACAAACAAACAAACAAAACCUAGUACUGCAACCGCAACAAAUCCUCCUUUAAAACAAAAAACAAAAAAAACGCAAAUUCUCUUUUGUACUUUGUUUAUAGGCAGAUGUUUUAAGGUAGAUUUACGAGACAGGUUUGUUUUUUUUGUUCUUGUUGUUGUUGGUUCUUUUUUUUUCUGGACAUGUUUAUGGGGAAGUGAAUGAUGAAUGUUCAAAAAUAACCACCCCAGCGUUCUCUGAUAACACACCAGAAUGGGGGGGCGAGAGAGAGAG